AUGUAUUUUGUUCUUCUUCUAAUUGUCUCUUUGGCUGUUUUAGCCGAUGUAGACAUGUGCCAUGUCACCAGAACAAAGUACCAAAUUGCCGCUGAUGGAUAUACAUUAAAAUAUGUCCAGUUAGUAGCACGUCAUGGUGAUAGAGCCCCCGGGGAUUCAUAUGAUUCAGACAAUGGCAACUUUGAUUGUGGGUAUGUUGAAGAGUCUCACGUGUAUUCUGGUGAUGGAGUGAAAGUGUCACACACUGCUUCUACAAAGAGGGGAUUAGUUGACAAAAAAUGGAACCCAUACGCAACCGACUUUUAUUGGAAAGGGUCAUGUGAGUCUUCUCAAUUAACUCCAGAAGGUAUUUCCAUGCAUUAUUCUUUAGGUACUCAUAUCGAUGAAAUAUAUCGUAUCACCUUAAAACUCCUUCCAACUAUUUUCGACCCUGCGAUCGUCAAAAUUAGGACAAGCGCUAAGACUCGAACCAUUCAGAGCACUCAAGCACUUUUCCAAACACUUUACCCAAUUGAAAGAAGAGGAAGUAACGUCGACAUAGAGUUCAUCACAAGACCAUACGAAAUCGAAACGAUGCGACCGAACCCUAGUUGUUGUCCGAUCAUUUCUUCAAUUGAAAAAGGAUAUUUGGAUAACGAAGAACUGAUCAAGAGAAGAGCACAGCAACCGUUUGCUGAUGCUUUUCAGAAAUUGAAGUAUGUGACGGGGUUUUCGUCUGAUGCGCCAUAUUUGUAUGACUACGUCGAUAUCAUCACACCAAGAGUGUGCCACGACCAACCACUCCCUCGUAAAAUAUUAGUCAAUUUUACUAUGGACGAUUACAACGCUCUUGUCGAUGAAUAUUUGUGGGAAAACACACUGUUUUUCAGUAAGGAACUUUCGGUAUAUCAAAGUGGGUUCUUUGUUGAAGAGAUGUUAAAUGACUACACAGAAGCUUUAAAGAACAAAGUCGUCUAUCAACAGUACACAGCACAUGAUACUACUAUAUAUGGACUGUUGGCUCUUCUUGGAGAAGAAACAACACAACCGAUUCAGUACGCCUCUACUCUUGCUUUUGAAUAUUAUAAUAAAGCGGACGAAAUGUAUGUUAGAGUAUUGUUGAAUGACAAAGUACUCAAGUUAAAUGAUAUUUGCAUCGAAGUUGAUGGGAUGUGUAAAUAUAGCGAUUUUGAGACAAAGAUGAAAGCACUUAUUCCGAAGUACGAAGAUUGCCAAGUUAAAGAUUCAAUACACAGAACACUCUCAAGAAAGGGGUGGUAUACUUACAAUUGA